CGCGGCGUCCCACCGCCGCAGCACCCAUUAACUACCAUUUGUUGAAUUGUUGUUAUUCCCCUUACAGAAUUUGAAAGACGCCCAUCAGUACUCUCUGUCUCUCCCUCAGACUAGACAGGUUUCCUUCCAUGGCUUCCUCGUUUCAUCACUUCCUUCUUCUCUGUUGCUCAUUUUGGUGCCUUACCCACGUAUCUCAAGCUCACAGUUUUCCCUCACCAAAUGCUCUGCUCCUCCCCAUCACCAAAGAUGCUACGACCCUCCAGUACGUGACCAAAAUUCUUCAUGGCACUCCACUUGUACCCGUCAAGCUUGUUGUCGAUCUCGGCGGUCCACUCCUCUGGAGUACUGACUGCGCCUCCAGAUUCGUGUCAUCUUCUACCCGUUCGAUCCCCAAUCGCUCAAUCAAGUGCUCAAGAGCAAAAUCCCAUGAUCUUGGGACAAAGAGUUGCCCCUCUAGCGCUCAAACGUGCGAGCUUUCCACACAAAACAGGAUCACGCGAAUGGCCACAGGAGGAGAGUUAGUAGAAGACGUCGUCGCCGUUCUGUCCAUGGACGGGUCGAAGGCGACCGUCGAUCAAUUCGUCCUCUCUUGCGCGCCCACGUUCUUAUUGAGUGGCCUAGCAAGUGGCGCCAAAGGAAUGAUAGGCCUCGGAAGGACCCGCAUUGCUCUGCCAUCACAAAUUUCCGCGGCUCUAGGCACUGAUCACCAGAGAUUCACAAUCUGCCUGUCAUCAUCGGACGGCAUCAUAGUAUCCGACCAAGGGCCUCACGGCUCUGUUUUCGGCACCGAAAUUUCCGGGUCAGCAAUGUACACACCCCUCGUCACUAACCAUGGUGAUAACUCGUUACACGAAGAACACUUGAUUGGCGUUAAAUCUAUCAAAAUAAAUGGCAAGCGAUUAUCCCUUAACGCAUCACUGCUAUCCUUGUCCGGAGGGACCAAAUUAAGCACGAUUGUUCCCUACACCACCAUGGAGAGCACAAUUUAUACCACGUUUAUCAAAGCUUACAGUCAGGCUGCUGCUUCAAUGAACAUGACAAGGGUGGCAUCCGUGGCACCUUUUGGCCUUUGCUUUAGCUCAAAGGGCAUUGAUAUCACGCAGUUGAGGUCAAAAGUGCCGGCUAUUGACUUAGUGCUGCAGAGUGAGAUGGUGAAAUGGAGGAUAUUCGGUAGAAAUUCUAUGGUCCGGGUAAACGGCGAAGUGAUGUGCUUGGGAUUCUUGGACGGAGGUUUGAACAAAGGGACUCCGAUUGUGUUAGGGGGACAUCAAUUGGAGGACAUUAUGCUACAGUUUGAUUUGGGUACUUCCAUGCUAGGAUUUAGUCCGUCUCUGCUGAUGUGGCGAAGAACAUGUUCCGACUUCAAAUUUGACUCCUGGCCUCAUCAGUACUACUCGUUGUAAAUUGUUUUCUAGCUUUCCCUCUUUUGGAAAACCGAAACGGUGGGGUGGGGCUUGUAAAUAUUUGUACUACUACCCCUGCUUCCUCUUGUAUUUGUGUUUUAGGAUGUAAAUGAAGAGAGUAGUUCGUGAUCAA